GAGCUUGGUCUAUAAGCCGGGAGCCGGGAGCCGGGAGCGGGCUAGUCCCCCUGUCCAUGGAGGUGGGUUGUGUCGGCUCGGAGCGCGGUCUCCGCCGCCCCCCUCGUCUCCUGAUGGAUCCCCGGGAGGAGGUGCAGGCCACCGGGCCGGACUCCGCGUCCGUUGACGUCUACGAGUCUCUGCCCGAAAGCGCAUCGGUCAAGGCGCACAUGCUAGCGGGCUCGGUGGCUGGGAUCCUGGAGCACUCGCUCAUGUUCCCUAUCGACUCGGUGAAGACACGCAUGCAGAGUUUACAGCCUGAUCCCAAGGCACAAUACAGGAAUGUAUUUGAUGGUCUUCUGAGGAUAAUCCACACGGAAGGUGCCUGGAGACCUUUGCGAGGACUGAAUGCGAUGGUGGUCGGUGCGGGCCCUGCCCACGCUUUGUACUUUGCCUGCUAUGAGAAAAUGAAAAGGACUUUAAGUGACGCCAUCAGUCACGGUGGCAAUAGUCACUUGGCAAACGGUAUUGCCGGAGGCACAGCAACACUGCUGCAUGACGCUGUAAUGACGCCAGCUGAAGCCAUCAAGCAACGGAUGCAGAUGUUCCAGUCUCCCUACAAAAGCGUUUGGGAUUGCAUACGGAUCGUCCGGCAGGUGGAAGGGAGCCGUGCCUUUUACCGGAGCUACACCACACAGCUGACCAUGAACGUGCCCUUCCAGGCCAUCCACUUCAUAACCUACGAGAUCAUGCAGGAGUGGCUGAACCCCAUGAGGCAGUACAGCCCCUCGACGCAUGUGGUGUCCGGGGCCAUGGCGGGGGCAGUGGCCGCGGCUGCCACCACGCCCCUAGACGUGUGCAAGACAUUGCUGAACACGCAGGAGAACCUGGCGGUGCGAACACUGAAACCCAGCAGCGGGCACCUCUCGGGCAUGGCCAACGCCUUCCGGACUGUCUACCAGAUUGGUGGCCUCACUGCCUACUUCAAGGGUGUGCAUGCCCGUGUCAUUUACCAGAUGCCCUCCACUGCCAUUUCGUGGUCAGUCUACGAGUUCUUCAAGAGCGUCAUUUUGGAGAAGCAGCAACAGAGCUUGUCAUCCUCUUUGUGAGGGCGCUCUUUCUAGCAGAAAUGUGGUACAGCUUUGAAUGAAUGGCUCCCACGGAACUGAAGGUUGAACGAGGAUGCCGAAACACUGUGUGUUAGCCCACCAACAUUUUGGGUAUCACACAUUGACCUUUCCCCAACCGUCCUCAAAAAAAAAACCCAAAAAAAACCAAAAAAAAAAAAAUUUGAGAGGGCAAUUUUAAAAUGCAAGCCAAGGUAUGAAUGAUAUAGAGGCAUGAAAGAGCUGAUUUCAUAUCCCAACAGAGCUUUGAACCCAGCCAGUGACUGAAUUCUGAAACGCUGCAAACUGCCCAGCACCUUGGCUAAGUGUUGCAGGAUUCAAUGGAUCAGGAUAUCACUUUUAAUAAAACCUGCCUCCAACCGGGGAAAUUAGCAUGGGGCUUCAUUUGUAACAGCCAAGGUGGUUAAUUUUGAUAGAAGGGUGGUUGCAUGAGGAGAGGCAUGGGAGGGGGUUUAUAUGCAGUGAGAUUGGUGGACUGUUUUGUGUUUGACCUGGUACGCACACACGGCGAUUGGCAGUGUACUCUUGCACGGGGAUUUUAAGAUCCUUCAAUCUAUGGUGACAUUCAUUUAACACUUGAUCUCUGAUCCUUGUGGGUUUGGUUUGGAGAGCUUGACUCAGCUUGGAAGGAAGAGAUUGAGGUUUAAGGACAAAAUCGUGGAAUUAAUGGAAGAGGAAGAUGAAAGAUGAGAGAGUGACGGGAGAAGCUGUUGGAAGCAUGAAGGGGGAUGGAUGAAGGAAUGGGAUUGAGGUUGGUGAAGGAGAGGAGUUGUACGGAAGUGCUGGAUGGGUACUGGAGUGAGAAAAAGGUAUUCUAGGAAGAUAAUGAGGGGUGGACGAGGAAAUUUUGGAGCAGUGAGAUAAAAGCAGAAAGUUGUGUUGGAGGCAAGUUGGGAGGAGUUGGACACUGAGUAGUGGAGCAACUAGGAAUUUGGUUUAGUUCACGGUGUGCAUACAAUUUGACCCAUCUUCAAUGGUGGCAAAUCUGCAAUGGGAGUACACUGUAGAUAAAGGGGAGGGAUGCUGGGUCUAUCUUUCCCACACCACAGUGGCAGUGAAUGGGUGACUGUAUUGGUCUUGGCUGGCCCUGGGCAUGGUUUGGAGAGGUUCCCCUACACUAUUUGUCCAGAGGGAGUAUGGUGAAUAUGUUAAAAUUGAAUGCAUCAUAUAGGUAUUUUUGUCAGUCCAGGGUGAGGCAUUUCAGUAGUUCAGCUUUUUUCUACCAGUUACUGAGGGAAGGUGAGUGAAUGUCUUUGCCCACUUCCCAAAUUCCUGAUACUGAUUUUGAAGAAAGAUAUUGCAUAGGAGGAGGGAUUGGUGGGAGCUUGAAUGUUUCACAAGUUUUUAUAGACUCGGAGAAUGAAGAUUACCAGAUGGUGAAAUGUGCACAAUUUGAAAAGGUUUCAACCUUUUUUUGACAAGUUUGUCCCAUUUGACAGACAAGGCAAGUGGAAGCUAAGGUAUUCUGUCUGGUGCUGAAUGUCCAUUGUGCCUGUGCAAGAUGCUGUUCCUUACUUUCUUGUCCUCCUGUUCUCUCUUCUGCAACCCUCUCCAUUUGUCUGUUCUUUGGCCACGGAGAUCAAGACCCCCUCAACCCAAUCUGAUCAUACAACAAAAGCCACUAACAUGUUUUUUAAAAAUUUUCAGAUAUAGAACAAUUUUCUCUUUCCAUUGAGUCUCUCAGUCACUUUUCUAAGGUUGCCCAGUAUUUUCCGACAGAAACCAUAGUGUAUUAUGGUCAUUAUCCAUUUUAACUAACCCAACCAAUCCUUGGGCUGAGGAGUUGGGGCGGGUGAGAAAAUGAGUUUGGAGUCUUGCUAACAGAGGUUUAUCUCCUAGAUCAUCGACCCUCUCCGAUGCUGUGGUUGGUGAGGGAGCUCUUCUGGCACCAUGUCCUGCAGUAGAUGUUAGGGGUGGCCAUGCUGGCUCCUGUUAUGCCCAAUACUCCUUGCAGUGCUGAGCAAAUAAUUCUGUACUGGGAUGGUACAUGUUGAACAUUGAUUUUUAAAAAGAGCAAAGUUGGAUUGAGGGGAUAAAGACUGGAUACAAAAGCAUUGACUACCUCAACACUUCAAGUACUGCUGUGCUUCUCCGGGUCUAUGCAUUGGGUAGUCAGACUCUAAACGCUCACAGCUGCUGUCACUUUUGGUGUUUUUAAAAUUGUCUCCCAGUAUUUGUGAAAAGAUAACUUAUUGUCUCAUUUUGAGAGGACUUUAUGGAAGUGUGGACUAAUGUUCAUGUGAAAUUUGCAAGAUUCUUUGAAAUGAAUUGCCAUGUAUUUUUAAACUGCUAAAUUAAAAUAUAUAUGUAUAUAUAA